AUGCCCGCCACGGACGCUCUUUCACCGCCCCUGACCCCAGCAGAGCGCCAGGUCGUCAAGAACUACGGCGGCUGGACCCAGUUCAUGCACAGCUUCGGCCUGAAAGCGCACGACUCGGAGCAUAUUGACGAGGCACACCAGAUCGCCCGAACUUUUGCUGCCGGUGGUGAGGCCGAGGUCGAAGCUGAGCCGGACAAUCGAAGCGCCCAGCAGUCGCAGCAGGGCGGUGGGCAGAAGAAGUAG